CUUCCAAAGUAUCACAGUAGAAAGUUUUUACAUCAUUUCUUCCACAUCAACUUUUUUAGCUGCCUCAUUUAGAAUGUCAUGUCGACGUGAAACAGACGAGGCAGCUUCGCAUCUAUUCUAUGACUAUAUUGAUGACCAUAAGGAGCUGCUGGCUAUUAAAAUGAACGACAGCAAAAAAUCAAGCCAAUUUAUCGAAAAGGACAAACCAAGUUUCCAUACCUCACGUCCGCACAACAGAUUAAGGAGCAUUACCAAAGGAUUUCACUAUUUGGAGCGGCUAUUCAAUCUCCUUAUAUUCUCAUUGACGGUCCUGUUCCUCAUCGCAGCCCUGAAUUUACUAUUCUUUUCGAAUUGGCCGUCCACGGAGCAGAAUGUAACUCCUGUUAUCUCGACAGAGCAGAAAACGAAAUGGUCUCCUCAUAAUGCUGCACUAAACUGUACAGUGUCGCCAGAUAGUGUCGAUCCUUGUUGUGGGUCCAUAUCUAAUAGUGAUAGCGGCUUCAAUGGCAAGAAUGACAAUACUAGUCACGAUUUUGGUACCAACAAUCAGUCAACUCCAAAUAACGGACGACCCAAAAAUGUAAAGCCUCAAAAAGGUCCUUUAAAGCCUCCACAGGCCAAGAGAAUCCCUCGGCCGUUUACACUUCAUAACGAGACAUUCGUUGACAAUUAUCGAUGGAUGCAUCAAAUCAAACGAGAUCCUGAUGUGAAGACAUAUAUUGAUGCAGAAUCUGAAUACACUGCUGCAUGGGUUGAGCGAUCAGGGGUUCAGGAACUGCAGAUGCAACUUGAAAAUGAGAUGAAGCAGAUCAAGCAGGCUAUUCGAAGGCAAGGGAAACAAAGAAGGGGGAAGUUACCACAGGGUGAGCGUCUCGAAGGAACUCAAUUCUGGGAUGUGGACCAAUGGCGGUACUGCCUGGAUGAUUCUAUUGGGGACUUUGGCAUUUACAAGAGAAGACGUAUCCAUAAAGACGAGCAUAUCCAGGCUAUGGAUAAAAAGAGAAUAUCCUAUACGAGUUCGUCUGCUUUUAAUUGUUUAAAGAGUCAAAAUCAACAACCUCAACAUCCUCAACAAUCACAGCGAGUUAUCUCAAAACCCUCUUUUGUGGAUAUGGCUAAUAAGGCGGGCACAAACAGUCCUAUCGGGGAAUUGUCUGGUAUUGAGCCAGAAGUAGUCCUUGAUGUUAACCAGAUCGCCAAAGAAAAGGGACACCAAGGAGGCAAUGGUCAGUUUUCAUUUGGCACUCUGGAGAUCCAACCCCAAAAUACGCUUUUAAAAUGCGAUUCAGAUUAUUCAGCUACAGAAAAAGGCAGCCCGACUAGUAAGUCAAAUGUGAAAGCUUUGUAUAUGGCUUACACCUACGACACAUCUGGAGAUGAGAGGUAUCGUAUCAGUGUCAUUCAUUUACCCUUCAAUAACCAGAAAUCUGAGUCUUGUGCAGCACGCAGUUCUGCGCAGAGAAGAGAUGAAAUGUCAGACGGCUUUGAAAUUCAGUUAAACGGCGCAGUUUUUAAGGAUGCUGGACCCGACACACGAUUCGUCAAAUUGGGCAAGUCGCUCUACUUGUAUUUCACGAAACUCGACCGCAAAGGUCUACAGCGCGAAGUGUGGAGGCUUCAAAUCGAUACAAUGAAUGAUGAUAUUAAGGCUCCCAGGAAAGCAGAUAGUAAGGCUCGUCUGCAUAUGAGCUCGAGCAGCACUCGAGGCGCGAAGCAACUAUAUGAGCCAGAGAUUGUGAUGCAAGAGAAAGAAGAACGAAAUAUUCUAUCUGUAUCCAUGACAAAUGAUCAACGUUUCUUGCUCAUUGAGAGCUCAGGACAAACCAACAGCCAUUCGUACUUUCUAAGCAUCGAUGAUCCCGACAGAGGAUGGAGCAUUAUCCGUCCGCCAGAAAAAGACGUAAUAUACAAAGUCGAACAUCAUUCUGGGUUUUUCUACAUCCGUUCUAACCACGGAGAUGCCAUCAAUUUCAAAGUUCUCCGUAUACCUGUCUCGGAAUAUAUUGAAAACAAUACUUCUUGCUUCAGAAAAAGGCCGGUUCGAGUGAGGUCCUCUGCUUCUUUCAUUGAAACAGCCAAUGACCAAGUAGUGAUUGAGCAUGACUCGGCAAACUUUCUUGAGCGUUUUGAGGUCUUUGUGGAGCACUUCGUCGCUUGGGUUUGGAGAGAUGGGCUUCCAGAAAUCCGCAUCUUUUUGGCACCUCGGCCUGACGACAUUAAUAUAACACUACCUUUGCAUGAGAAAGUAAGAAUUCGGCCUUACCAUAAAGAGCUCAAUGUAACAACACUUAUGCCCGGUAAUAUUCGAUACGAGGAGCAGCGACUCUUUAGGGACUUUUUUUCAGCCAAGUUGGUGUAUUCCAACUGUUCAUUUAUCCGUCCAUGGGCUCUCUACGAAUAUGAUAUGCAUUCGAUCUCUAACGAUUCGCUGGACAGUGGAAUCUUCCAAGGUGAUGAGGAUGAGCGGCAAAGGAACGCUACUCGCUUGAUCCGCCAAGAUCCAUUUCCAUUGGACGUGAAGUACGGUCAAGCUCUCGCAAACGUUUCAGAGCUAUGCACACAUGAACAAUCUAGCCCUGAUUCAAAAGAAAGAGAAGAGGCUGAGAUGGCAAAGUUCAAAGAAGUUCGCUUCAUGGUCCCCUCAAAACAUAGAUUGAGGCGUAACAAGGCCCUGAAUGAUACACAUCAAAAUAGUGAUGAAGAAACCUUGAUACCUGUUUCUGUGGUCUACUAUACCUUCCCAGAUGGUAAACAAUUCCCACGUCGGGCUGCGUUGGUCAAUGCCUAUGGUGCGUAUGGGACCCUUACAUCGCCUAUUUUCGAUCCAGAGGCGUUGCUACCGCUCCUCCACCGUGGGCUUAUUUACGUUCAAGUACACCCUCGAGGUGAUGGAGUCUUAGGACCGAAGUGGUACAGAGAUGGCAAGUUUGAGAAGAAGGUGAACACGUUUUUGGACGUUGAAGACGCUUUGCUAUAUCUAAGUGAUUUAGAGAUGGUGAAAAAAGAAGGAUGUGCGAUCCAAGGGCGUAGCGCAGGAGGCUUGGUUGCGGGUUGGAUAGCCAAUCGAUGGGGUGACAUGUCCUAUCCAUCCAUAAAUGGCAAAGAUAAAGGUGAUGUAAGAUCUGAAUCCCGGAACAUUGUCAAAGAGAUGGUGAGAGUGGUUGUAACUCAGGUUCCUUUUGUUGAUGUCAUUUCAGGUAUGUCAGAUGCAGAAAUUCCUUGGGUAGAGUAUGAGCGGGAUGAAUGGGGUAAUCCUGUGGCGAGUCAAGAGAUUUUCGAGGCAAUGAAAGGUUAUUCUCCAUACGAUCGGAUUCGAAGUCAGCGGUAUCCGGAUAUGAUGGUCAUGGGCGGACUCAACGAUGCUCGAGUUAGUUUUGCAGAGCCCCUAAAAUUUGUUGCCAAGCUAAGAAGUAUUGAUGGCAAGACGAAUGACUGCCAACCAAUGGAGUCGGACGAAGAUCAGGAAGCCAAGUCUAAGCAUGAAAAGAAUUACAAGGUCAAGAUGUGUGUAGGCAAGAAAGAUACCUCGUUAUUAUUGCAAAUGGAAGAUGGAGGCCAUUUCAGUGGGAAAGAGUCGUUAUGGAUGGCAUUUGCACUCUAUACUUUAGACGCAGAGAAGGUUGUAUCGACACCGUCAAUAAUACAGUGGUCAUCAAAAGUCAUUCAAUGAUUUUGAAUUUUUAACAUUCUCAUUCCUUUUCUUCAUUCUCAUCUAGCAUGUGGCUAGUAUAUUUGGGGUAGUGCAUUUGUUCCCCACACCUCAUGAUUACUUUGAUGUCUCAUUCCUAAUUAUGACUUCAUUGUGAAAUAAAACCAAUUUCAAUUUGACCUGCCUAUUGAAUGACUUCUGCUGAAUUUCAAUGUUGAUUGCAAAAAAAACUUUUUCACUUCUCUUUUUUCUACCAAGAUUACCUUCAGCUAUAUCUUCAUACACCUCUACUUAC